AUGCGAAGCUCUCUAACCGCUCGUCAAGAAGCCAAGCUGAGAGUCGCGUAUGGGCUGAAAGAGGACGAAGCGCUUCCUCGACCUUUUGGAGACAAUCCUUUUGCGGGCCACAUCGAUCCCAACGAGUCAAUAGCGGGCCGGUGCGGCAUUGGGCAACCUGUGGUCGAAUUCGAGCUGGAUGAGAUUUGCGCAAGAGCACUGCUUGGACGAGGAGAUCUUGCGGUGGUUGCGGUGAAAAAUGAGGUGAAUGGUGAUCGUGUCGCCUGGGAGUGGAGCGACGGGCAGGCCAACAGCUUGACAUCGCCUCUACAAGUCUGUGGUACCUUGUCUAGAGGUAGAGCAUCAUCUGUCCACCUCGUCAAGCUGCGUAACGGCCGACUAGUCGUGCUCAAAUUAGUGAGAGGCCCUAGAGACUCGUGCAGUGAUGUCACACCACGUUGGCUCAUCCUUUGCUCUUCAUCGGUAGUUUCACAAGGCAGAACAAGGUUCGCUUCAAUUUGAGCGAGAGUCGCAUGCUUAUGCGUCGCUAGGAAGGCAAGGUCUUCUACUGGCCCCUACUACGACUGGCGGUGAACACGCGUCUGCUACCGAUGAUCUAGAUCAGCGACAGCUAAAGGCCAUUGCUCCCCAUUGCUUCGGAUGGCUGCAUCUGGAUCAUUUGGCAAGCACGACUCAAAUACCUCGAGAAUUGAGCAGUGCCAUUCAACAAAGCUCAAGAGGACUGUUGAUUGACUACCUGAGACCAGAACAAGGCUGGACGACGCUCGAAGCGCCUCACGGAUCUGCUCAGUCCCACGCUCUAGAUCCGGCAAGACUCUGCAGGGAGGUGUGUCAAGCUGUCAUUGAAGCCCUUGAAUGCACACCAAGGUGCCACGGAGACGUGUACGGGCGAAAUGUGCUCGUGAGAAGCAUACCCAUUCACGUGAUUCUCCGAACGCACCAAGCACAGCAUGAAUCUGCAUGUGGGUCUACGACUUCCCAUUGUGAUUCAGAUGCUGGAGCGCAAUGGCAAGCAGUAUGGGUAGACUGGGCCUCCUCGCCCUCCAUGUCGCACAUCUACGCAGCGCAUGCAAACCCAGACGCCGAACGACAAGCGGUAUCGCUGCACGCCAAAGCAAAACGUAAAGAGCUGGCAUUGCUUUGGAGCAGGCUCUUCGAAGUGAUGGUGAGUGGACCGUUUGACGUUGCUCAGCUUAUCACAGCCUGGAUUUCCAACUGAUGCUGAGCCACUCGAGGAUCGGUCAGCUUCCGCUAGCGCGUUCCCCAUGCAACGCCGCGACCCCAUGAAGACGCCGAUGUAG